AUGGGCGGGCGCCAGGCCGCCGCCCUCUGCGGGCUGCGGGGUACCCGGUGCGGCCUGGGGAGGAGGGAGAGUACGCACAGCCUGGCCCACAAGCCUCCCCGAGGCCGCGCCCCGAGAAGGAAAGCGGGGAGCGGCUGGGCUCUCCUGCGGUUCCGGCGCGGGACACUGCAGAGCCGCCAGCACUGGUGCGGGAACGCGGCCAGCGACAUCGCUGCGCGCACAGCCCCCACCGACGCUCGGGGCUCGGCGGCGCGAGGGCACGCUGGGAGUUGUAGUCCGGCUCCUGAAGCGGCCGCCCUCCCGGCGCAGCUAGGAACUGCGGACUACAAGCCCCGGCAUGCCGCGUCCCGGAAGUCGUGGCAGCUGGAGGAAGCCCGGCGACGGAAGCCGCGGGCUGUUGGAGUUGAGGCCCAACGGGGUGCGGGCGUAGGCGUGGUUCUCCGGCACCUGCUGUGGGGACGCAUCUCGGGCAGCGGGCGGGAAAGGGCGUCUGUGUGCCGUCUUCCGCCGGGCUCCCUCCCGGCUCCCCGUGAGUCCACACUGAGACUCCAUACCUCAGGCCAAGUAGAGAGCUCGUGGAAAACAGCCGUACAGUGUGUAAUGCAGUUUGCAGUAAAGCACUGGGACAGAGUGGGGAGACGGAGCCACAACCAAAACCAGCUUCCGAGACCUGAAACCAGAAGGUCAGGAGCAUGUUGGCUGCUGGCACCUGUCCCAGACUGUCAGAUGGGGCCCCGUCCCCACCCAUCCCAGCUCCCCACGAAGCGGGGAGGGGCCACGAAACCUCAGCGACGGUCUAGAGCAGGGCCAGCACUCAAAGGCUCUGCAGGAGAAGAGUUUGGACCUGAAGAGGUGUCCUGAGGUGGUGGACAGAGCUCUCGUCUGGGCAGGAGUGUCCUGGUUCUUUUUCUGGUUAAUGCAGGACAAGCUACUUACCCUCUGAUCCUCAGUUCCUUUAUCAAGGAAAGGCAGUGGGAUGGGAUAGAGGAA